UUUAAAAAUUCAAAACACUGCUUCUUGUUGCGGACGUGUGUUGUCGGGGAAAUCUACAAUAUCAGAGGAGAAAAUGGAGGCCCUUGGAGAGCGUCUGAAGGUGAUGGUUAAAGUUUUCAGGAGAGAGGGCCAAAGGGUUUUACACUCUGAGAGGACCACCAUUCAUGGAGCUGAUGGCAUGCUCAUGAUACUCCAGCUGGCAAUGGCAGAAGUUAACAAGCAGCACGGCCGAGAGUUCAAAGUGGCUCUGAGUGAUGUCCUGAUGGCCUGGAAACACUUACUAUUAGACAAACUUCACCUGCCACCCCCCAACUCUGCACGCAUGGAGAACUAUGAUCUCAUCCUGGAGGCAUAUGAAUCCUUCCUGAAGCGCUCCAACACGGUGGACCUGAUUGAUAUCCUCUCCAUGUACAAACAGCUGAGAUUAGAUGACUCGGACCCAGAGGAGCCUGUGAGCCCGAUUCAGCUGUUUGAGUUCUUAUCGAACAACGAGGAGGUCUUGGAGUUUCCAGACUCUGCAGUGCCGUCAACACCGUCUAGUAAAAUCAGACCCUGCAGCUCACAGGUGAAAAUUGCAGUGAGAAGGGUGUUCUGCUCCUAUCUGAGUUUGCUUGUGAACGUGAAGAAUGACAUGGCCUUGGCGCUAACCCUGGACGUCCCCAGUCGUGCUCUCGAACGUCAGGCAUUUACCGACGUCAAGCAUGCUGCACAAAACAACAGCACCUCUCUCUUCUUGGCUGUGACAUCUUUUGUGAGGAUCAUCCAGCUCGGAGGCAGAGGCUACGCUCCAGCUGAGUCUGACCCACUAAGGAAACAUGUCAAAGGCCUGUCUGACUUUGUUCAGUUUCUAGACAACCUGGAAGAAUUACUCGGGGAGAUACCCGACCCAAGUGUGUGUGGAGCCCGGCUGGUGGCUGCCAUCAGGGCGGUGCUGGUGAAGGGACGCAGCAGUGGAGAUGCAGUGUAUGCUGUGUCUGAGGAGACAACAAAGGAGCUGAAGGAGAGGAUUUGCCAGCUAUAUCAGAUCCAGAAACAGAUUGCUAAAGGAAGCGGGACUGGGAUAAGCCCUGCCAGGCCAAAGGCGCACACAGUCAAUCACUGCACUGCGUACGGAGGUCGGGACACUGUGAAGGUGCUGCUGGCUCUGCUGGAUGAAGAGGCCCUGGCUCCCCCGUCUCAGAACAAGGCGGACCUGCUGUCUGAGGACCAGCCCGUCCUCAGUGGGGCAGAGGGGACCUGCAUCCUCAACUUGUUCAGCUAA